UCAACUUGUUUUUGGUUUUUCGCAGCUUAAAUGUGAUUAACAUGGAUUUUAGUGAUGAUUUUUUCGACGUCUGGUCAGCUCAAUGGCUUGAUUAUGUUGAUUGUCCUGAAUCAAUUGACGAAUGGAUUGGUGUAUCAAAUUUAUCAUCACCAGAGCUACUACAGCAACCACAGUUAUCUUCACCUUCAUCGUCGUCUGUGUCUCCAAACAGUGUUGAAAAUUAUCCCAUCGAUAGUACAUUUCCAACCAGUUUCCCCAAGUCAAAUGGUUCUAAUGAAGGCUCGAGUGACGGAAUUAAGGAAUUUUCAGAUGCAAUUGAUGCUUAUUUUUCUUCUAAUUAUCAGAGUCAUGAUGUAAAUGAACCUGUACCAAUCAACAAUCCAAACUCGAUUGAAUAUUCAUCAACAUCUUUAACCUAUUACAAUUCAACAACACUUAACUCGUCGUAUAUAUCAAAUUUAUUCGGGCCAUUGGGUUCAAUUGAUAUAGGAAGCUUUUAUUCCAACUAUCAUGCUGGAAUGGUGCCUUCGAGUCACAGGCCGCUUUCACUGGCCAAAGACUGUUCAAAAGUGCAAGAACCUUGGAUUCCAAGUGUGGCAAAGAAAUUAUUGGCUUCUUAUUAUUCACCACUGAGUAUGAAAUCUGAAUUGCUUACAAAUCAAGUCAUGUUAGAUGCUUUUGAAUCUGUGGCGUUACAAGAAGCAGUUCAGGCAUUUAAGGAUAUAGCCUUUAUAAAUCCAUCUUGUGACUCUAAUCUGGCGGAGGCAAUAAAACAAGAUUUUUACUCGGACCCACGACCAAUCGAGCUCGUCUAUUCUUGUGAGAAGCUCAGGGCCUACAGAAAGUUAAACACCGAAGAUAAAAUUCAUCUAAUGGCCCGUGCUUUUUUUGACAUAAACCUGGUUAAGGCUAUAGUUACUUAUGAUGAAACAAUUGAUGGUUGGUAUAGUGCUGGUAGAAUCUGGCCAAGGACGUCCGUAUCAUGGGAUUCACCAAAUCUUGCAAAAGUGAUAAAUUUGAUAGAAACUUUUCCCGAUUUUGCACGAAAUGAUAUCAAUGUUGUUGCUUUACUCUAUUUGAUUGUCAUUUUCAAUCCAGAUUUGCCAAAAUUAAAGUUCCGUAAUGGCAUAAGACAAGAACAAUACAUUUACAUUUACUUGCUUAAACGAUACCUUGUCUCACUUUUUGGAUCCACUUGUGAAGCAUCGGAUUAUCAUUAUCGUUUAAUGGUUAAAAUUGAACAAGCCAUUAAAAUACCAGAAACCGUGUUUUUUGAACAAAUUGAACCAGGCAGUACAAAGGUGCUGAAAAACCGUGUGGUUAAACUUGUUCAGUAUAAAAGCAUCACCAUGGGAAACAUAGGCGAUUAAAGUAUCAAACGCAGUCUGAAAGACAGUAAAUUGACUUAUCAAUGACUUUCUUAUCUAGAAAACUAUGAAAUGAUUUUUCUGGGAAAAGUUAUAUGAUUCUGGUUGAGAUAUCAUCAACUCUUUAUACAGAGUAUCUUGUGGUAUCAGAUGCUUAAAAGCAAUUGUUGAAGUAAAUCUUUUCUGGUAAACAAUGGCAUUUAAUGUGAUGUAACCUGGAACGUCAACAUUGAAAUUGUUACCGAUGGGCUUCAUCAUGUGGUGGACCUGAAAAAAGGAAAAACUAAUUAUGGCAUUUGUUUAUUAAGCUUAACUUUUUUGAACGGUUUCAGUACCUCAACCAUAAAAGUUGAUCAGAGGACAAACGUCUUUUGGUCUUGAGCAAAGUAUUUCGACUUAUUUUCUCGAUUUCUUUAAAACUAAAUCAUCAUGAUAAAUCUGUAUUUCAAUGACUUACAAUUUUGUUCAAUAUCCCUUGAAAUAAGGAGCAAUUUCAACAAAUAUAUUUAA